UUCUGUGUAUCGGCUGGAGCCAUGGAGACGCAGGGGAUGAAGCUCAGUGGAGUCAUUAAGCGUGUACAGUAAAAAGGCUUCGUGCUCCUUGUUCUCACCACUGCAUGUAUGUCACUAAUGAUAUUUAAAUUGGCUGGACUUUUCAUGUGAUUAGUAUAAAGAUGCAAAGGUGAGAAGAUCAUUGUGUGAUGAAGGUUCUACUUCAUCACUCACUGUCCAAACUGUGGAGACGUCCUCUUUGCUUCUCUACCUCUCUGUAAAGUGUUAAUGUUCUUUAAGUGCCCAAUUAUACAGUUAGUGUUUGUGCACCUUGAGUGUCUCUCCCCACGGGGAGGGGGGAGGAGAGUUGGUGGAAGGAGGGGACGCUUUGGGCCGGAGUGGAUAUUAGGCCGUCGCCAUCAGGGCACUUGGCCACUGGUGGAGAUCUGCUCCGCACUCCUGGGUCUGCUGCCGGGUCAGAAACCUUCCUCCAGGUCCAGUAUGUGGGGACAGCUGCUUGUUCAGACUGUGGCCAUGCUGUGGAUGGCGCAGGCGGCGUAUACCAAAGGUUAUGGUGCUGCAUCUGGAAUAUCCAAUGGACACGGGCCCCAGCUUAACGGAAAUCAUCCACCAAACAGUGGCGUAGGACGGUUUCUGCUUCCUUCAAAGGGUGUGGGUGCGCAGAGCGGAUAUGGUGGCUACGCUACAAAAGGAACAGGUUAUGGACCUGCAACCAGUGUGUCCAGUGCAAACGCAGCAAAACCGAAUGGCUACGGUGCAGCUGCUGGUGGGACCAAGGGCAACAACAAAGGCUACGGGGCAGCAGCCAGUGGGACAAAUGGACACGGACAUGGUGCUCAGGCCGGCCCAGUCAAUGGACAACGAGUUAAAGGCAAUGGCCAUGGAGCUCAGGCUGGAUUUGGUGGACAAGGAAAUAAAGGCUUUGGUUAUGGAGCUGCAGCAGGUGCUCUGGGGCUGAAUGGUGCUAAACAAAAUGGUCAUGGAGCUGCGGCUUCGGCACAGUAUGGAUUUGGAACAAAGGGCAAUGGUCGAGGAGCUGUGGCUGGUCCAUCUAACAACUACGGGGCACGACCGGGUCAAGCUCAACAUAAACCCUUGAAGGGAUAUGGACGACCACCUUAUGGCUCAGUGAAAGGUCCGGGUGUGGGAAUGGGUGCCUUCAGAGGAGUGGGGGCUCCUCAGGCCGGCAGAAACCAGAAGGCAUAUGGCAGUAAUGGUCAGAAUGGUUAUGGAGCUCAGCCAGUAGGAGGCUACAGUGGUGGUCAUGGCAGCGCUGGCUUGGCUCUGGGAUCUCAGUAUGGACAUGGGCGCUUUAAAGGACCAAAGCAAGGCUAUGCUGGUGCAGCAGCUCGGCCCAAUGGACAACAUGGUAACGCAAAAGGUUAUGGAUUCCCCAGUGGUGGAAACACUAAACCAGCAAAUCCAGGUUAUGGAAAUAUUCAAAGUGGUUUUGGUGCCAAACAAAAAGGAUAUGGAGCCUUCAGGGGAGCAGCAGUGAGACCUCAGACAGGUUAUGGAAAUGGAGCUGCCCUCAAUGGAUAUAAGAAUAAACCCAAUGGUUAUGGAACUGCAGCCGGACCUGGUGUCACCAAACCAUAUGGAGCCAAACCCAAUGGUUAUGGAGUUAGAAAUGGUGCAGCACUCGGGGGAUAUGGAAGUCAACUUAACGGACACGGAGCAGCCUCAAAACUCCACACCACCAAAGGAGUCGGAGCAGCGUCGCCCAGUCAAGGUGCAGCAACACUGGGCACAGGAUACGAUGGUGCUGCUGAUGCAUGGAGCGGACAGAUUGCUAAAGCAGCCAAUUCUGGCUAUGGCUCGUUGCCAAAUGCGAAGGCCUCAAAGACGACAGGAGCCUCCAGUGACUCGACACUUUAUGCUCUCUCUCCUGAGCAACUGGAUCCAGCACUACUGGGUUCCGUGCCUCAACCAGCAAUGAGCAACCAGCAACCUGCCCCUGAGCCAACGAGUGGAGUCCUGGUUAGAGUCACACCUGAGCAGCAUCAUUCACCUGUGCCACAAGGAAAAGCCUACAAACAGCCGCCUCAGGCGUUGUCGGAGCACCCACCAAUGCUUCUCCAGGGAAAAGGUCCCAAGCCGGCUCCACAGCCCACACCUGAAUCCGCACACAUGGGUCCAGAGGGGCCUGCAGCCGUCUUCACCCAGAGCAACCCACCCCCAGAACCAGCGGCGGUCCUGCCUGAAGGCAAGUGGCCCGAACCUGAACCCCUAGAGUCUAAAGCUCAGCUGAAACAUGCAUGUUUUUGUUGCCAUUGGAGCCACAUUAGGAGUCUUAGGCUGGAUCAUUUCUCACUAAACCCAAUGUGUUUCUGCAUUGUAGGGAUCGGAGGAGCCUCAGUCACCAAAGGACAGGGAGCUGAAGCAGACUGUGACCCAUCGGUACCAAACGGACAAUGGGUGAAAAUACCCCGACCAGGACUGAAAGCAGGAGCUGAAGCAGCCGCUGGCACAAUGACUAAAGGAUAUGGGGCCAGUGCUGGGGGAUAUGCAAAUGGAGGAGCAGCUAUAGCAAACACACCCGGUAAGGAGCCUCAUGCUGUUGACUCACAUUUAACAAUAACACUGUGGGUCAAGGCCCUGAGAUAUGUAUGGAACCAUUACAGUGGAAGUGAGAUUUCUUGUAAUGAUGUGGUGAAUAUUUAUGUAGGUUUGUGUUCUUCUGCGUGUUUGGUUGCAUUCAGUGUAUCUGAGGGUUUUGUUUCUUCCAAAGCUAGCGCAGCAGCAGGCUUCGCUCUCCCUGGACUCUUUCCUGGAUAUGGACCUGGUCUUGGCUAUCCAUAUGCAGGAAAACCAAAGCAGCCUGGUUACGGACACGGCGCGUACCUCGGGGCUGGAUAUGAAAAUGGAAAUUCCCAUAAAGGUUAUGGAAAUGGCUUCAGAGCAGGUGUGCAGCCGGAUUAUGCAAGCCUUGGACAAGCUACACCCAGUGUUGAUGCAAAAUCAGGUGGCGCUAAACCAAGUCCUCACCACGGAGCCCAAAUGGUGCCGACUGGACUAGAUGGAAUGGGCAGCUUCCCGUUUGGUGGACAGACACCUGGCGCUGAGAAAGCAAACGGCAAGUAUGGCGUCGGCGGGUUCCAGUUUGCUGGGCAGCCGUUCAGCUCUGCAGGCAACGGUGCAGGAAUAUAUGGUGGCCUUGGUGCUGGCAUUGGUGGAGUUCCUGUACCUGGAAAAUAUGGUUAUGGCACACUGGCUUAUCAAGCUCAACCAGUUGCACUCGGCCCUGAACUGAAAUCGAUUGGCAAAUAUGGUCUGCCUGCUUCACCGUAUCAGCCCCAACAGCACGGUGGACACUUCGGCAAAUAUGGUGGUGAGGCCGCGAAUGCUCUGCAGGGCCUCGGAGGUGAAGCUAAAUCUUCUGGAAAAUACGACAAGCAGGGGGAGGGCCGGGUGCAGCCUCUUGAGUCCACCUCUGAGGGCACGUCCGACGCACAGUACGGUGCAGCUGGUUUAGCACAUCAGCCUCUGCCCGUGGAGCCACAUUCAGCUGGGAAGCCCUACGUGAAGGGAGAGGUGCCAGCUCCAGCCGGUGCGGCAGCAGUGGAGGGGCUCCCUGUUGGCACAUAUGACAAUGCCGGUUACAUAAAUGGACAAGUGCAGCCAGAAGUCGUAGCGUUCCCUGCGGCUCCCAGUCUCGACUCCAUCCCGGCGUCUCCCUCUGUCCCGGCCCAUCUGACCGAGGCGGUGCCUGAAGCCCACCUGGACCCUGCACCGGCCUCAGAGGCCCAGGGCGAGCAGCCUGACGAGCCCCAGCAGCAGCUGCCGCGUCAGAUCCACAUUCAGCAGCAUCUCAAACUCCAUUUUCACCCGCAGAGCAAAUCCUGGAGAGGCGCAAAUAAUGAAAAACAUGACUUGAAAGGCUUCUUUGGGAACAGUGGCCAUCAGGGUUAAUCCUCCCGGUUUGUUAUCCUUUCUCUCACUGUAUAUUAUUGAUGUUUUCCUUAAUGUAUAAUUUGGUUUUAGCCUAACUGAUAUUACUGGUAAAUGUAAACAUAGUAUUAAGUAUAGCGAAAAUCAACUACUUGGAC